AUGAAACUCCCUGUGCCGUCGUGGAGAUGUCCCACGCUCUACGUUAUGAUACAAGCAACUCUUACACCCUGCCAACUUCCCUACGCAGACACAUCCCCUCUAUCAAAGUCUGAUGAUCUUUCUAUCCUCAUCAAUACCACCCCGAAACAUGUCAGCAACGACUCGGCCCCCGAGAACCGUCUCGUUGACGAUACCCUCAACGUGCUUCGGCUCAACCCGACCAUACCAGAUCCCCUUCCCGGCCAGAGGAUGCUUCUCCCCAUUAGCCAUAAACUGCCCGGGCGGGAUAUAGAUAAUGAUAUUCCCCGCAAACUUGUGCCCGCCAAUAUGGCUAAUCAACCCAACCCUCGCCGACAUUUUCUGAUACCUCCUCUCACCGUCCUCAGACGCCUCAGGCGCCGCAAUCCUCCCAGCCCCCUCACCACUCUCAUCAACCACAACAGGUCCCCUCAAAACACCAACCCCAACCCCCUCAAACCUCUUCUCAAACUCAUCCCUCAACACGGGCCCCAUGACGCCGCACCGCAUAUCCCGCCCGCCGUGCCCGCAAAUCAAAACCAGCACCUCCUCCACGUCCCGAACCCCGUACAGCAGCGACCGGUAGGCCUCCUUGCGCGUCAGCCGGUCCCGGUGGACGGGCGACAGGCUCCCGUCGUGCAUCUUGUGCAGCUUCUCGGGCAGCAGGUAGCCCUUUGCGAGGGCCUGGACGCUGUCGAAACUGACGCGCGGUAA